CCCUGAUACUUGUCAGUUAUAUUUACACAUGCACAUGUCUCGAUCCGUUCGGAAUGCUGUAUCCGAAGGACUCCGAGAGCCGAACUGUCAAACUCCUGGACGGUAUGUGGGAUUUCCGUGUGGAUGACUCUCCGAACAGAAACCAGGGUUUCAAGGAAAAGUGGUAUUCAGCUCCCCUCAGACACAAAGGGGAGGUAAUUCCAAUGCCAGUUCCCGCAAGCUACAAUGACAUCACACAAGAGAAGAAGAUCCGUGACUUUGUAGGCUGGGCAUGGUAUGAGCGUGAGUUCUUCCUACCCCAGGACUGGACAUCUAAACGUGUUGUGCUACGUGUUGAUAGUGCCCACUACAAUGCUGUUGUGUGGGUCAAUUCAGUACAGCUGGUUCAACAUGAAGGAGGUCACUUGCCAUUUGAAGGGGAAAUAACUCACUGGGACAUACCAAUCAUGUUUGGAGGCAGCAACAGAGUGACAAUAGCCAUCAACAACACAUUGACACCAACUACCCUUCCACCUGGAACAAUCCAGUACCAACAUAAUAUCAACAGAUAUCCUACUGGCUAUUUUGUCCAGAAUUUACAGAUGGAUUUCUUUAACUAUGCAGGACUUCACCGCCAUAUUCAAAUUUAUACCACACCCAAGACUUAUAUUGAAGAUGUGAUUAUAGCUACCAAUUUGCAGGGUGGAAAUGGUUUGGUGAAAUAUACAGUGGUCACUAGUGGUCAGCCUGGACAUGUCCAGCUAGCUGUAGAAAUCAUUGACCGUGAGGGGCGGGUGGUGGGUCACAGUAAUCAGUUUCAGGACACUAUUACAGUGAACAAUGGACACUUCUGGUGGCCGUACACGAUGAACAGCACAUCCCCUGGAUAUCUCUACACAUUCAAGAUGAACUUGACCAUAAUGACCAGUGGAAUAUCUGAUGUUUAUCGCCAACGGUUUGGUAUCAGAGAGGUCAAAAUCACAGAUACCCAGUUGCUUAUCAACGAUCGGCCAUUUUAUUGUCAUGGUGUAGCGAAACAUGAGGAUUCAGAUAUACGAGGAAAGGGAUUGGAUUUUGCCCUUAUCGCAAAAGAUUUUAACCUUUUGAAGUGGCUGGGGGCCAACUGUUUCCGAACCUCACACUAUCCAUAUGCCGAAGAAAUUAUGGACAUGGCUGACCAACAGGGGAUUGUGGUCAUCAAUGAGAGUCCAGGAGUGGGAAUCAGAAAGGCCAACAACUUUGGCAAUUUGUCCUUGGCUCACCAUCUCAAGGUCAUGGACGAGAUGUACAGGCGUGAUAAAAACAGACCAGCGGUCAUCUUGUGGUCAGUUGCAAAUGAACCGGACACAACACAUGACAAUUCAAUAUACUACUUUCAAACUCUUCUUUCUCAUGUGAGGUUUAUUGACAGCACAAGACCUGUCACUUUUGUAGCCAACUCUGAUUUUAGCUCAGAUAAAGUGGCCCAAUACACUGACAUCAUCUGUCUUAACCACUACAAUGCCUGGUACCAAGACUGCUCUCACACGGAGCUCAUACAACGACAGCUGACCUAUGACCUCCGCCAAUGGUACAACAAAUAUCAUAAACCAAUUAUGAUAACUGAGUACGGAGCUGACACAAUCGAGGGCUUUCACCAGGAUCCUUCAAUUGUGUUCACAGAAGAGUUCCAGGUGGAGUUUAUGACAGAAUACCAUAAAACAUUUGACAAUCUACGACACGAGUUCCUAGUCGGAGAAAUGGUGUGGAACUUUGCAGAUUUUAUGACAGCUCAAGGCAUUACACGGGCAUUUGGCAACAGAAAGGGCAUAUUCACACGACAGCGGAGACCUAAGAUGUCAGCACACCUUCUAAGAUCUAGGUACCAGAGCAUGAUCAACAGCACAUCAACAGUAAAGAAUCAGCAUAGAGGCCGAGAAUUAUAGUGACACAUCAACAGUAAAGAAUCAGCAUAGAGGCUGAGAAUUAUAGUGACACAUCAACAGUAAAGAGUCGGCACAGGGACAGAGAAUUAUAGUGACACAUCAACAGUAAAGAGUCGGCACAGGGACAGAGAAUUAUAGUGACACAUCAACAGUAAAGAAUCAGCAUAGAGGCUGAGAAUUAUAGUGACACAUCAACAGUAAAGAUUUGGCACAGGGACAGAGAAUUAUAGUGACACAUCAACAGUAAAGAAUCAGCACAGAGGCCGAGAAUUAUAGUGACACAUCAACAGUAAAGAUUCGGCACAGGGACAGAGAAUUAUAGUGACAAAUCAACAGUAAAGAAUCAGCAUAGAGGCUGAGAAUUAUAGUGACACAUCAACAGUAAAGAAUCAGCAUAGAGGCUGAGAAUUAUAGUGACACAUCAACAGUAAAGAAUCAG